UAAAAUUUUUAGAAGUUAUUAAGCCAUUCUGUGCAGUGUUACCUGAAAUCCAGAAACCGGAAAGAAAAAUCCAGUUUAGAGAGAAGGUGUUAUGGACGGCUAUCACGCUCUUCAUUUUCUUAGUAUGCUGCCAGAUACCCUUGUUUGGAAUCAUGUCAUCAGAUUCUGCAGAUCCGUUCUAUUGGAUGCGGGUCAUUCUUGCAUCAAACAGAGGUACUUUGAUGGAAUUAGGUAUCUCACCCAUUGUGACAUCUGGUUUGAUCAUGCAGCUGCUAGCGGGAGCAAAGAUCAUUGAAGUUGGUGAUACUCCAAAAGACAGAGCCUUGUUCAAUGGAGCUCAGAAAUUAUUUGGGAUGAUUAUUACCAUUGGGCAAGCCAUUGUGUAUGUUAUGACUGGAAUGUAUGGAGACCCUGCUGAAAUGGGUGCUGGAAUUUGUCUUCUUAUUAUAAUUCAGCUGUUUGUUGCUGGUUUGAUUGUGCUGCUGUUAGAUGAGUUGCUACAGAAAGGUUAUGGCUUGGGGUCUGGUAUUUCCCUGUUUAUUGCUACCAAUAUAUGUGAAACGAUUGUCUGGAAGGCUUUUAGUCCCACUACCAUCAACACUGGCAGAGGAACAGAGUUUGAGGGUGCUGUGAUUGCAUUAUUUCAUCUUCUGGCUACACGAACCGACAAAGUCCGGGCUUUGCGGGAGGCUUUUUAUCGACAGAAUUUGCCCAAUCUCAUGAAUCUGAUUGCUACAGUAUUUGUAUUUGCUGUAGUUAUAUAUUUUCAGGGAUUUCGUGUUGAUUUACCCAUCAAGUCUGCACGGUAUCGUGGACAGUACAGUAGCUAUCCUAUCAAGCUCUUCUAUACCUCCAACAUUCCCAUCAUUCUGCAGUCUGCCUUAGUUUCGAACCUCUAUGUCAUUUCCCAGAUGUUGUCUGUUCGUUUUAGUGGCAACUUCUUGGUGAAUUUAUUAGGACAGUGGGCAGACGUCAGUGGUGGUGGCCCUGCUCGCUCUUACCCUGUUGGUGGCCUGUGCUACUACUUGUCCCCCCCAGAAUCCAUGGGUGCAAUAUUUGAGGAUCCUGUCCAUGUAAUAGUUUAUAUAAUAUUUAUGUUGGGAUCCUGUGCGUUCUUCUCAAAGACUUGGAUUGAGGUGUCUGGCUCAUCUGCGAAAGAUGUUGCCAAGCAACUCAAAGAACAGCAAAUGGUGAUGAGAGGCCACAGGGAUACUUCAAUGGUUCACGAGCUUAACAGGUAUAUCCCUACAGCAGCUGCAUUUGGUGGUUUGUGCAUCGGUGCCCUUUCAGUGUUGGCUGACUUUCUAGGAGCCAUUGGGUCCGGCACUGGCAUUCUGCUUGCAGUCACUAUUAUUUAUCAGUAUUUUGAAAUAUUUGUAAAAGAACAGGCUGAAGUUGGAGGAGUAGGUGCAUUAUUUUUCUAGGUGGCCAAAUACUUCAUGGUUUGUGUGAAAGGGAAAGUAUUUUGACAACAUGCAUCAUAGUCCAAUAAUGCUAUUUUAUUUUUACUUGUUUUAAAGUGCUACGUGUCCCAUUACUGUAAUGGGCAUUGAGCAAUGCCUGUGUGCAGCAUUAGUACCAGCUGCCUUAAGAAUAAAGUUUACAUUAUCUGGUUUA